AUGACACAUGCUGCCGCAACCCCCUCGCAGAAACAAUCUGCCUCCGCCACAACCGCGAAAGUGAGCGCGGGCGAUAUCCUUGUCGGCCUCAAUGCCGGGGCUGACGCCAAGACGCCGCCCGCCAUCAUCAAGCUGACGCCGCGCGGCAAGGUCCGCACCCGCGACGAACGCGCCUAUGAUUUCGAGCCGGAAACGCUCGCCGCGCGUUUUGCGGCCGACGGCAUCGACCUUGCCGUCGACAUGGAGCAUUCGCUGUCCGCCUUCAUGGGCGACAAGAAAGAGGGCGCGGUCGGCUGGAUUUCCAAACUCGAAGCCCGCGUCGAUGGUCUUUACGGCCAUGUCGAAUGGCUGGAGCGCGGCCUCAAGGUGCUCGCCGCACGCACCCACCGCUACAUUUCGCCGACCUUCCGGCACGACGAAUUCGGCAAGGCCACCUGGCUGCAUUCGGUGGCGCUUGUCGCCGCACCGGCGCUUGCCAACAUGCCCGCGCUCGCCGCCGCAGAAAUCGCCACCGCUGAUCCCAAAACUCCGGAGACAAAACCGAUGACCACAUUUGCCCGUCUUGCCGCCAAGCUCGGCCUCAACGCCGAUGCGUCCGAAGACGCGAUGCUUGAAGCCCUGACCGCCAAGCUCAACGGCUCGAUCGACAAGGGCGUUCAUGAUGCGACGCUCGCCAAGCUGACCGCCACCAAUGACGAGCUGACCGCGCUGAAGACCACCGUGCGCAAGCAGGAUGUCGAUGCGGCACUCGAAGCGGCGCUCGAAGCCAAGAAAAUCCUGCCUGCCGAGCGCGAGCACUAUGAGAAGCUGGCCGCGUCCGAUGAAGGCUUUGACCAGGUCAAGGCGCUGCUCGCUGCGAUGACGCCGAAGCUCGCGCAGACCGGUCUCGACGGGAAGACCCCGCCCGGAUCGAAGGACGAGACGGCUGAUGCCGGUCCUGUCCAACUCGCCGCGCAGGCGCAGGCCUACCAGAAAGAGAUGGCCGACAAGGGCGUGACGGUUUCGAUCGCCGACGCCGUCGAUCACGUCAUGAGCAAGAAGGGCUGA